AUGACAAUUGCACCUUUAGGUAAUACUCUUGAAGACCAGUCUCACAAUCUUCAAGAAACCUUCACCUUGACAAAUGACCAUUUGCCUCAAUGCACCUCAAGUGCGGAGGUUGUCCACCCAAUCUCUAGCAUGCGAAAAGUUCUACCACUGUAUCAACGCCAUUACUACAUCUGCAAUCCAUACACCACUCAAUGGGCUGCUCUUCCUCCCCCUCCUCGAUGCCAACAGAAAGUACUCGUGGGACUGAUCUGCGAUGUUCCCUAUUAUAACUACAAGGAUGACGAUGAGGACCACCUCAGCAAAGGAUGCAGCGUCCAGGUCAAUGCUGAUUAUAGCUGCAGGGUUGUCAGAAUUCUCCUUCCUGAUCUUUUUUCAGUUUCAGAUGAUGACGGAUAUGAUAAUUCUGUCAAAUUAUUCAAAUUCCACAUGGAGAUCUUCGCUUUUGUGACUGGUGAAUGGAGAGAUUCAGUUGUAUUUUCCGGACCAUGGGCUGUUGUUCAGCUGAGUGCCUUGGUGUGUUCCGAGGGUGUCUGCGUUUGGGCAAGCAAUACUCUAUUUUUUUGGGAGUUGAAAGAGGAAGAAGUUCAUUGUGAUAUGUUGGUGGUCGAUGGAGCCGCCAAAUUGUGCUUCAAACACAAGAAGACGGUUUAUCCACUGGACCAAAUGUUUACAGAUCAUGAUGAUCUGGUGGUGGAGCUGAUAGCUUUUGACCCGAAUGAUGAGGAUAGCUUGUAUCUGAAUGUCAACGGACAUAUAGUGGUGUGCAACAUUAUUACAAGAAGGCUAACUUAUCAACACAUAUGGACGAAAAAGAGUGCUGCUGCAGAUUUACGUUACGUAUCAUCUUUAAACAUUAACUGGAAUGAAAUUUCUGGUUUUAUUGAAAACCUGACUGACAGAAAAGAUAAUCUGGGAAUUGGGCUAUUAAACUUUAACCACAAUGAGAUUGACCAUUGGAAGGAGCUCUUGCCAGAUUGUGAACAUGUUGUUCUAAACCUCAACUAUGCGGCAAAUAACAUAACAUGGGAAUCCCUGUAUCCUGAAUGGAUAGAUGAAGAACAAGAGUCCGAAGUCCCUACUUGUCCCUCUCUACCAAAGCUUCAAAUUCCUGGAAAACCAGGUCUUGAUCUGGUUGCUGUCAAGCUUCCCCGCAACAAGUCAGGCAGUUGGUCAAGAGAUGUGGCUCGGUUGCACUUGCAGCUUGAAGCAGCAAGGCUUUCUGCCUCUUCCAAAGGAUAUCACCCUGUGCGUGUGCUUUUGGUGACUGACUGUUUCCCAAUCCCAAAUUUAUUCACGUGCAAGGAUCUUGUUAGACGUGAAGGGAAUACAUGGCUCUAUGAACCAAACCUGAAUCAGUUGAGAGAUAAGUUACAGCUCCCUGUAGGGUCAUGUGAACUUGCAGUUCCUCUCAAGGCUAAAGAACAUGUUAACUCCCAAAGAGCCCACAGAGAAGCAUAUGCGACAAUCCUACACUCUGCCCAUGUAUAUGUUUGUGGAGCCAUUGCUGCAACUCAGAGCAUCCGAAUGGCUGGUUCAACACGAGAUCUUGUCAUACUGGUAGAUGAAACAAUCACCGAGUAUCAUCGAGGGGGAUUGGAGGCUGCUGGGUGGAAGAUCCACACAAUCCAAAGAAUCAGGAAACCUAAAGCUGAACCAGAAGCGUACAAUGAAUGGAACUACAGCAAAUUCCGUCUUUGGCAGUUGACGGAUUAUGACAAGAUCAUUUUCAUUGAUGCAGACAUGCUUAUACUUCGAAAUAUUGAUUUCCUGUUUCAGAUGCCCGAAAUAUCUGCCACAGGAAAUGAUGCUAGUUUGUUCAACUCAGGUGUGAUGGUUGUGGAACCAUCAAAUUGUACAUUCCAGCUGCUCAUGGAUCAUGUCAAUGAAAUUGUAUCCUACAACGGCGGGGAUCAGGGAUAUCUCAAUGAGAUAUUUACAUGGUGGCACAGGAUCCCAAAGCAUAUGAACUUCUUGAAACAUUUCUGGGAAGGUGAUGAGCCGGAGAUAAAGCAGAUGAAAACUCGCCUCUUCGAAGCUGACCCUCCAAUCCUCUAUGUCCUCCAUUAUCUGGGCAAUAAACCAUGGCUAUGCUUCCGUGACUAUGACUGCAACUGGAAUGUGGAUUUUAUGCAGGAGUUUGCUAGUGACGUUGCACAUAAAAGGUGGUGGAAAGUGCAUGAUGCUAUGCCCCAGAACUUGCAAAACUUCUGCUUGCUCCGGACAGAGCAGAAGGCAGGCCUAGAGUGGGAUCGGAGGCAAGCCGAGAAAGCAAAUUACACUGACGGCCACUGGAAAAUUAAGAUAAAAGACAAUCGUUUGAAGACAUGCUUUGAGGAAUUCUGCUCCUGGAAGAACAUGUUACGGCACUGGGGCGAAAAGAAUUGGACAGAUAAUGCUAUUAUUACUCCAUCGCUACCUGCACUUACUACUGCAUCUGUCUCUUCGUUAUGACUUGUUUUAUUCUUUCAUACUUGCAUACUUCCGUUCUGAAGACACAAAUCAACGAGUAGUGUAUCUGCUUAAAAUUCAGUUAGUCUAGCUCAACAAAUUUUUUGUAAAAUUUUGUGCCCAUAUUCCCCAAUACGUCUUACACAAAUGUUUCCACCAAUGUGCCAUAGAUUCUUGUACUUCCAAUGCUUUUUGAGGCUGCAUGCCAUGAUAUCAUGAUUUCUUUUUUUGUUGCUGCUCUGAAACAUGCACAAAACAUGGAGACCGGUCGGACCCCUACUACAGUCUUGUUUUCUUGCUUCCAACACUUCAUGCUAAAUGGCGAGCCAAUCACAACAGUCUCCACUUUGGCGAGCCAUCAACCAAACAUGACAAUUGCACCUUUAGGUUCUCUUAAUACUCUUGAAGACCAUUCUCACAAUCUUCAAGAAACCUUCACCUUGACAAAUGACCAUAUGCCUCAAUGCACCUCAAGUGCGGAGGUUGUC